GUGUACCAUCAACUUCUUCAAAACACUAGUAGCAACUCGAUAAACAAGACUAUUUACCUUCUCCCUGCACUGACGUUCAGAGAAAACAUCAUCAAAUGCACUCUUUACGAGUGUUCAAGUUCCACAAGUUCUUCACCGAGUGCCUUAUCGAAAAAUUCACCGAGUGAUCCACCAAAACAAUAUCAAAAUGAUCAAGUAAAUAGACAACUAGUUAUCGAUAUCCCGUGGUGUUUUCAAUUAAAAACUCAUACCCGUGGACAUGUGUCAGUGAGUGUAAUGACAAAUCGCGAAAAUAAUUGGGAGUUAAAAAUGUAAUGAGCGAAUUGUGGAUUGUUAAAGAGAGUGAAGCUCCUGAGUGAGCUAGUGUUUUCUCUUCUGCAAUUAGAGUAGGGAGUUAUUUAUGAGUGUCAAAAUGCUGGUAGGACGUGUGGUGCUUGGAGCAACGGUAUUUCUACUGGUUAUUGGUGAUACGACGUCUAGGAGUCAGCUGAGGGAGGAAGGUGCAUCAAAGGACCAGCAGAUCGAGAAAGAUGGAAUUGGUGACCACAAACAAGGUAGGAUGGCCCUUCAUGCCGAGCCUCUAGCCAGUAAAGAAAAACGAGAGCAAGCCCUACGUCACAGUCUUGCAGCUAGAAGACGUCAAAUUCUUGCAUCAAGAUCUAUCGGCGCUAAAACUCAAAAACCCGUUGUCAAUGGAUCGAAGGAUUCCCUGGACAUGCUGGAGGCGCAGGAGACACGACACGGUGUUUUCGUCACAGUACCAAUGGGAGAUCAGAUAGCAGAAAUAGUGGAGGACGAUGAGGACAUGGAGAUAACACCGUCUACAAUGCAAAUUAUCGAGGCACCUUCAAAACCCAUUGAAAGCACAUCGACGCUUGUUCCAGAGUUGAAUAACACUGUGGUGUCUAAAAAAGAUAUUAAUGGACCGAGAAACUCAUCGAUAUCUUCGAGAAUCCAGAAGAGUACGGAUGACGUUUCAAGGAGGAAAAAUACUGUAGUUAUGCCAGAAUCUCUUUACAAUCACUUCAGACCGGUAGAAAGUAAUAUACCGGUGGAGGACAUGACGCAGUUCCUGUAUUUUGGACAAAAAAUUCAUCCCGAGAAUACAACGAGUAAUAAUUCAGUGGAAGUUACGUCAGCCUCACCUACGUCGACCAACUCUCGACGUAGAUUCAAUCCCAAAAGAUUCACAACAACACUGAGCACAGUACCAAAGCUCGAAGUGAUUAUGAACGAGGAAAUGGACAUUGCGUCGGAAAAAUCAAUAAUCGAGAGGAAUAAAAUUUUGAAGAUGAAGAAUGUAUACCGUAAUAAUGGUAUUUACUCCAGAAAACCACCGGUGAGACCAUCAGAUCCGACAAUAGUCACGAAUGUAAUUUUAACGAAUAGGAAUGCGAGCGAUACAGAUGUGGACUCGUCCGCUCACGCGAACCACCUGGUGAUUACCGAUCAGGGAAAAGGAAGUUCGACCCACUGGGCCAACAACACACAACAUUCAACCCAGAUUCCAUGGGUGGAACACCAGGACAACGGUACCGAGAGUGAAAUGACUGGUUCUGACAUAAUAACCACGAUAUAUCCCGGAGAAUUAAUGGAUGAUUACCAGAAUGACGAGCCAGUGAAGAGUGAGGAUAAAUUUGGUAGAAGUAAGAAGAGCGAAAUAUCCCGAAUGGAUGAUGAAAUCGAGGAUAUUACCACGAGAGCACCUAAUUACGGUGAAAAAACAAGUACCGAGUUGAAUUCCGUAAUGUCAACAUCGGAGCCAGAUGAGCUGCGUCGUCUAACGAGACUGUCAACGUGGCUGUCAGUUGAUCAGGUGACAACUGAAUUAGCAUCGACAGUUCGGCCGGGGUUCAAUGACCCUACGAAUAUACCGACGACAAAUUCCCAUCAGCACUCAUCCCUGAGAAUAGUAGUAACGGAGCCAAUGGAUAAUUCUCGAAUUUACGAGAGAAUGAGUUUAGUUAAUUCAUCGAUUCCACCACAGGUUACACCCCCAACCCCAUUAACGAGAGCACUGGACAAUUCAACGGUUUUAAUCGCAACAGAACCACCUGUUGCUUCAGUUCAACAGAUGCAUCCGUACACGUACACUAUAACAAAUGUAACUCGUCUAUUGCGCAACUACACUGGACCUGGGCCAAGUGAGAAGACAACAGCAGUGACAACAGUGAUAUCGGAAGGAGAAAAGGAAAAGAAAAAAGGGGACGAUGAUGAUGGAGCUGGACUCCUUCCUCCACUUUCUGGCGUAGUAGGUAUAGAGGCGGCGCGCGCGUCCGUUGGUGCCAGUGGUGAUCCGACCGCGGUUCAAACCACAACGCCAGUGGAUGAACGCACUAGAAAAGUGCCACAACAUCGAAAUACAUCGGAGAAUAAUCAAAUGAGCUCAACCGUAAUCAAUUCAACAACUGAAAUAAUAUCAACAACACGUGAUAUUGAUUUGAAUGGUGCGACUGUGCGGUGGAAUUACACAUCGAGAGGUGAUAAUGAAAGGGAGAGCAGUGGUGAUAGGAGAUUUAUGAGAAAGUCAGCUAGUGCUGUGUUGAAUCAACGCAUCAGUGACGAUAGAGAUUUCAAGAGGAGACGUGGUGAUACAGGGACAAGGAGAAUCAAGGGUUUGAAGAGUGAGGAGAGAUAUACUGGGUACAGGUCAAUGGACAAUAAAACAACGAGUGACCAUGAGGUGAGUUUGCAUAACAAACAAGUGAAUAUUGACGCGAUGGGGGAACAUGUUGAAGACCAGACGACCCUGUCGUCGUUUACAAACGUCGAUGUGCCACCGGAGAGUCUCAAUGAUAAAAGUGAUGAAAACAUCAGGGAUAAUGACAGAUUGCUCGUUACUACUAUUUCGAGUGAACCUGGGGAUAGAUUAAACGGUACGAUGGAGACCUCGACAGAGAGCACGAUAGAAGCCUCGACAUUGGGGUCUAUUGGUGGAACAAUGAGAGGUCCAUCGACAACUGCUAAACCUUCGGUUUUUCCGGUAACACCGGUGAUUCUCAAUGGAUUGAAUAAGGUCACCAGGGAUGAGCCGGAGGAGGUGCUCAUUGAUUCAGACAGUCGAAAAAAUCCGGAGAAACCCUUCGGCAUCGACAAAGAGCUUGAUCCAUCCGAAAUCCAGAAGAUGUACCGAGCCCAGACCACCUUGAAGCCUGAAUCAGCCAUGACGACACUACCCCCUCAAGUUACGAGGCCCAACAACUCGACGACCUCUGCCCCCAAAAUGGUAACGUCCAAGCAAGGCGAGAGAUCACCAGAAGUCAGAGGGAGAAAUCUCUCCGAUAAAACCAAGGAUAAAGACGAUGUACUUCCCAUAAUGCAACUCUACAACAACUCAAAUAUCUUGAACGACACGAUGAAGAACUCAGUGACACUGAAAAUUCCAGCAGACCAUCCACCCACGAUAACGAUUCAACAACCCCAAACGACAUCUACACCCACAACGGAGGCUGCCACAAUGAAAACAACUGAGGACAUUUCCAAGGAUGGCAGACCUGGAAGUGCACAACGAGUGAAUAAAAAUCGACAAGAGAUGAACCGGGAAGUGCUGGAGACUGGAAAAUGGAUGAAUGGAUCGAUUUCCAUGAAUAAAACACGAGCGAGACCGAUGUAUUAUAAUCCAGGACCACCAGAAUAUAGUGGAUAUCAUCCAGAAUUGAAUACGAGUUAUUUUGAAUCUGGUAUGAUUGCGGAGAGCCCGAGGGAUCCAUUCAAUGCCAGUGAAGUAAUAACGAAGAGGCACGACGGUGAUACCCUGGCCACCCAGGAGACUGUUGCAGUUGUUAGUUAUAUCCUAGCCACAUUAGUUGUCUUUCCAAUAGCUGUUGGUGUUGGGCUCAUCCUCAGAAGACUGAUCAUUAGAAAUCGAAAGGUGCUGGAGGAGUCGGACACGUCAUCUGAGAUAAGCUGCAGAAAAGACGCCCUGAAUCUCGAGAAUGGGGAUUUCAAGACAUCGAUUGAAAAAGCGAUAACGAAAUUACCGAGGAUACAGCAUCUGUGUCACGAGGGAGAAAAACCACUGCCUCCAUCAUCGCUGGAGUCCCGGUGGGAGUUUCCACGUGACAAAUUGAGACUCCAGACGGUGCUGGGCCAGGGUAAUUUCGGCCAGGUAUGGAAAGCCGAGGCUGAUGAUUUAACUGGUCAUCAGGGUACAACCCGACUCGUUGCUGUUAAAACCGUCAAGGAAGGGGCAUCAGCCAGAGAGAAGGAGGACUUAGUCAGAGAAUUGGAGAUAAUGCAGCAGCUCGGUAAUCAUCCCAAUGUCGUUACAUUACUGGGCUGCUGCACUGAAGAAGAGCCGCACUACUUGAUUCUGGAGUACGUAAUGUACGGAAAAUUGCUAGCCUACCUGAGGGAUCACCGAACAAGACAGGACUUUUACAAUUUUAGUGAGGACUCGGCAGCCCUCACAUCCAGAGACCUAACAGUCUUCGGAUAUUGCGUUGCCAGAGGAAUGGAAUAUCUCGCCUCGAAAAAGAUUAUUCACCGGGAUCUGGCAGCUCGGAAUGUCCUGGUGGAUCACAACAAACUUUGUAAAAUCGCUGACUUUGGCAUGUCAAGGUUUGCCAAUAAGGAUGGCGAGUGCAUCGAGACAAGACAUGGUAGAAAUGCCCUGCCAAUCAGAUGGAUGGCACCGGAGUCUCUCAUCUAUUCCCUAUUCACAACCAAGACAGAUGUAUGGAGUUUUGGUAUUCUCAUGUGGGAGAUCGUAACUCUAGGUUCCACGCCGUACCCGGACAUGGCAGCACGGGAGGUCAUGCGGAACGUACAGAAUGGCUAUAGACUCCAGAGGCCCUCGCAUUGCCGCAGUGAGCUCUUCAGGGUGAUUGCCAGGUGCUGGCACGCCGAUCCUGAUCGUAGACCUGAGUUUCAAACACUCAGGAGGGAUCUUGCACAGUUGUUGGAGGACAAUAUGAACGGUCACUAUGUCGAUCUCGAGAGUUUUGCCUCUGAAUGCGCUGAUUAACGCGAUAUUUACUCAUCAAUCAAUUGAUAAAAUCCACACAACUCAGCUAUAAGUCAAUUUCAUCAUUUUUAAUUCAAUGCAUUCCGGGUAAUCCCGUGAAAUUUAUUUAUCAGCUAAAGUUGUUGCUGGAGAUGGAUUUGCUAUUGAAUUUUUUUCGGAGUAAAUCCAGUGUAUCGAAUUGAUUGAUCAUUGUCCGGAGUUUUGUUCUGUAUUUUCAUUUGCUUAGUAGAUCUUAAGUGGUUUAUCAGGUGAUAUUUGCGCCAUUUAUCGAGAUCCUUCUUUAAUGUUCGUAAGUAAAUUUCAAGAGGCUGACGACGUACAAAAAGCAGAGGGAUGACGAGGGAGGAAUUUGCUGCGUGGCGAAUUCAUUGGGUUCGGCUAUUGUACUCUGUUCUUCAAUCACUUGUUUAUCAAUCAUCGACAUCAUUGCCUGAACAGUGUCUUCUCAUCCUUCCAUUCCUUAUCGUUUAUCACUAGAUUAUUGUCGUUGAAUCCCCGUGCAGAGACCUUGUAUAUAGAUAUUAUCAACUGUAUCAAUGAUUGUUGACUCGUUAAAUAAAAAAAAUAAUAGCUGCACGGGGAUGUCAUCAGGUUUUUCUCCUGAGAAUGCAUUAUUUACGAUCUAGUGUAAGUUUUAUAUAUUUUAUAUACACUACUGUAUAAAUUUAAGAUUAAUCUUAAUCAUUCUAGUCUUUCGACGCGUCCUGGAGUGGUAAUCCAAACCCAAUAAUGCAGUAGAAGGACCAAACACAGUAGUGUGAUAUUAAAAGUGUUUCAAUUACUCUAUUACAUCCAUUGGCUGUUGGAUUAUCGACGCAACUCCGCGUUCGUCAGUUAUACUAAGUAAUUUUUCAUUAAAACAAAAAAAAAAUGCUCGAAUCCUCCAUGUUCUACCCCCUAAACAGCUGUAAAAACUUCAUAAUUGAUUGACUAUCACAGAAAUAAAUCUCCUCACGAGUGCACAUUAAAUCGUACUUAAACUCAAUUACCCGUAAGAAUAGUAAAUGUUUUGUCAGUAAAUGUUAUAUUAAAUGAAAAAAAAAAAAAAUGUCAAACG